CAAAAGGACAGCCAAAACGUCCACAUGUCGGUUCAACAACGUAACCACCUACCUAAACUUCCCCGUCUGACCUCAUCACUGUGUCGAAGAGAUGAACAGCCAAUGAAUACAUUUCAAAGAAGAAGGGAAAUCAAAUGCCAUUCCUCCUUUCUUCUUCAGCUGCCCUUUUUUCCAUUUCCAAAGCUCUAUCUUGCCGGACGUUGACCCUUUUAGCCGCGAAUCCCCGCUGCCAAUUCUCCACCGCCAUGUCCAUCAGCCUCAAUUCCCAUGCCUUUGCCGGCAACCCAUCGAGACUGCGUACCGCAAAGCCAAGUGAUCCUUUCUCUCCUAAUUCAGCAUUCCAAACCCUCAAGACUCUUCUUCUGAGCAACUCAACCCACGAAUCGUUUUCCCCUGAUUUCAAGGUUUUGCCUUUCAGAAAAGGCAGACCUUUGGUGGGUUCUAGUGGGGAUAGCGGGUCGGGUGGGCCAAAUUGGCGUCUGGGUUGGUUGAGUUUGGGGGAGUGCAAGGUGUUUUUGGAGAAAUCUGAAGUUAGUUUGGUUGAAGAUUUGUUGGUUUACCUGGGUUUUAAAGCUGAAGAAGAUGUUGUGUAUUGGGCAAUUGAUGUAUCUGAAGCUAGUGGCAUGGUGAGUGAAUUGGGGUCCCGGCAGUUUUCUUUUGUGGAGUUGAGGACCUUGAUGGUUGCCACUGAUUGGGCCGAUCCUAUAUCCAUGGGUGAUCUUGCUGUUGCUGGUCAUGCAAGAGCUUUACUGGAAUGGCAUGCCACGUCACGUUUUUGUGGAUAUUGUGGAGCAAAAACAGUUCCCAUGGAAGCUGGGAGACGGAAAUCUUGUUCGAAUGAGAUGUGCAAAAAGAGGAUAUAUCCCCGUGUUGAUCCGGUUGUCAUUAUGCUAGUUAUUGAUAAAGAGAAUGACCGUGCUCUAUUGAGCAAGCAGUCUAGAUAUGUGCCGCGCAUGUGGAGUUGUCUGGCUGGUUUUAUAGAGCCAGGAGAGAGCUUAGAAGAAGCCGUGAGAAGAGAAACUUUGGAGGAAACUGGUGUUGAAGUUGGUGAAGUAGUCUAUCAUAGUUCUCAGCCAUGGCCGGGUAAGUAAAUUUUUUGACCCUUCAAUUGUUUCUAUGACAUAACAUGAUCUACAUAUGAUGACUACUACGUUAGAGUGAUUCAUUUGAAAAAAUGGUUUAAACUAGAACCAAGAAGUAACGUAUGACAUCUGGAGAAUAAAGAUAUUGUUUUGCUUCUUUUUUUUCCGCCUUUUUUUAAAUUAAUUUCUCGUUAGGGGAUACUUCAUGUUUAGUUGCAUUUUUUAGUGGAUCUGCACAUAAAUCGUAGGAUCGGGACAUGCUUUUUUUGGGAUAUAAAUGAUCCGGGCCAGGUUCUCCAUUUCUGCAUUUCAGGUCCGAUUAUGGGCUCCAAAAAUGGAAUUUCUGAUGGACCUGCUUUAAUUCGAUGACCACAGAAUGGUAUAGCUUUGUAAUUCUGGGUGAAUUGACCUUAGAGAAUUGAUGUCUAUCCUGUCUGACCAGUCUUUUAGGAAAUAUUGUUGGAAAUACCAUGAUGAAAUGCUGGUACCCAUCCUACAUUUCUCUUUGAGGACCAAAGGGAAGGGGGUCUGAGUGGGAUGAGGGGUUUACUGGGAGACAGGGAGAGAAGUCAGGAGUCCAAUAUCUUUAAAACAUACAACCCCUAUAGAAGGUGGAAUCUGGCAUAUUUCUUCCAAAUGUAUUUGCUCGGAGGACACUUGUCUGGUCAGGACUCAGGAGGCUAACUACUUUUCUAGUUUAGGGCUUUGUCUUGUCUCACAGAUUCUUUUUUUGUUUGUUUCAGUAAUAAUAUUGAUGCUUAUUCUAGUAAUCUGGAAGCUACUCCAGCCAAGUGUUUUGUGUUCACUGUGCCAGAAUAAUGAUUUCUGUUUUUGAUGAUUUGCUCUUUCUCGCAUGGGUUUUUUGCAGUUGCACCAGGUGGCAUCCCAUGUCAGCUGAUGGUGGGGUUUUAUGCGUAUGCUAAAUCACUUGACAUUAGUGUGGACAAGGGAGAGUUGGAAGGUACUUUCCCUAUUGCAUCUUACCACUUAUAAUCUCCCAAGACUUUUCCACUGCUAGAUUUUGAGGCCAACUCCGGUUGCUUAGCUUUAUUGAAAUUGGGACCUGGAAAAGAUACCCGUGACCACCUGAAGUAUACAUAUUUUUGUAUUGAAUUCUUUGCGACAAAUUUAAGUUGUGGUUUUAGUCCUUUCUGGAUGGAAUGUUCACGAUGUUGACGACCUUUCCACUUGCUUAGAUGCACAAUGGCACAGCAGAGAGGAUGUAAAGAAAGCAUUGACAAUGGCGGAAUACAAGAAGGCUCAGAGGACUGCAGCAGCUAAAGUCGACCAGAUUUGUAAGGGAGUUGAGAAAUCACAGAGCCUAACAUCUGACUUCAAUGUAGAAAGUGGUGAACUUGCUCCGAUGUUUGUUCCAGGGCCUUUUGCCAUAGCCCAUCAUCUCAUAUCCUCCUGGGCGAAUCAAACCAUGGUGAAUGGUGCAGAAACACUCAUUAAACAGCCCGCUAACUCUCUCUCCAGUUUAUAGCUGCUGCGACGCUAUUAAGCGAUACAACUGUCUGCAGAUUUUUUGUUCCUCCGAAAAUUGUAUCACAUUUAGAGCUACUUUUUUUCCAGUUAUAUAAUCCUUCUUUGUUACCCUGAAUUUAUCAUUUUUACAAUGUAAUGGAGGAUCUUUUUUUUUU